GCGGAAGUAUCUCUAGCCAGGCGUCGUCUCCAUGGUAGGUGGGCGGUGCCAGGAGAAAGAUGGCGGCGCCCGCAGCUGAAGCUGAGCCGCGGGCUUCGGGGGGUCUUCGACCCCCAGUGUGCCUUUUGGUAUUGGGAAUGGCAGGAUCCGGGAAGACCACCUUUGUCCAGAGGCUCACGGGACACCUGCAUAGCCAAAGCACUACUCCUUAUGUGAUCAACCUGGACCCAGCUGUACAUGAAGUUCCCUUUCCUGCCAAUAUUGAUAUUCGUGACACUGUGAAGUAUAAAGAAGUCAUGAAACAAUAUGGACUUGGGCCCAACGGUGGCAUAGUGACCUCACUCAAUCUUUUUGCUACCAGGUUUGAUCAGGUGAUGAAAUUUAUUGAGAAGGCCCAGAACAUGUCUAAAUAUGUCUUGAUUGACACACCUGGGCAGAUUGAGGUAUUCACCUGGUCAGCUUCUGGAACAAUCAUCACUGAGGCCCUGGCAUCCUCAUUUCCAACCGUUGUCGUCUAUGUAAUGGACACAUCACGAAGUACCAACCCAGUGACCUUUAUGUCCAACAUGCUCUAUGCCUGCAGCAUCUUGUACAAAACCAAGCUGCCUUUCAUUGUGGUCAUGAAUAAAACUGACAUCAUCGAUCACAGCUUUGCAGUGGAAUGGAUGCAAGACUUUGAGGCUUUCCAAGAUGCCUUGAAUCAAGAGACUACAUACAUCAGUAACCUGACCCGUUCAAUGAGCCUGGUGUUAGAUGAGUUUUAUAGCUCACUCAGGGUAGUGGGUGUCUCCGCAGUUCUGGGUACCGGCUUAGAUGAAUUCUUUGUGCAAGUCACCAGUGCUGCAGAAGAAUAUGAACGGGAAUAUCGUCCUGAAUAUGAACGUCUGAAGAAAUCAUUGGCUAGUACACAGAGCCAACAGCAGAAAGAACAACUGGAACGACUUCGGAAAGAUUUGGGCUCUGUAGCCUUGGACACAGGGACUGCCAAAGAUAGCUUAUCUUCUGUACUGGACCCUUCUGAUUUGAUCCUGACUCGAGGAACCUUGGAUGAAGCAGAUGAGGAAGCAGACAGUGAUACUGAUGACAUUGAUCACAGAGGUGAGAGGUGGCAGAGGUGGCUGAUGAAAACAGAACAGCUGCUGGUUCUCAUGUUCUUUGCUUUGGAUUUUUUUACUGUUGAAUAUACAGCCAGUAAUUUGCAAGAGGGAGGAUGGUAG